AUGAAGUACACCGGUAUCGCUGCUAUGGGCUUGAUGGGCUCUGCCCUCGCCCUGCCCAAGGCUCCUCCUCCUCCUGGUGGCCUUGUUCCUUCCUGUGCACCCACGCCUCUUGGUGUGCCGUCCGGCUUCCCAUCCGGCUUCCCAUCCGGCUUCCCAGUCGGCCCCAGCGGCUUUGAGAAGCGCCAACUGCCUAUCCCGUCCAGCAUCAUCUCUGAGAUCGAGUCUGCUUUCCCUAUCCCCACUGGCUUCCCUACUGGCUUCCCUACUGGCUUCCCCACUGGUCUUCCGUUCGAGAAGCGCCAGUUCCCUGAGCCUUCAGACAUCAUCUCUGAGAUCGAAUCCGCCUUUCCUAUCCCCACUGGCUUCCCGACUGGCCUACCUACUGGUCUUCCUUUCGGGAAGCGCGAGAUUUCCAAGCCCUCUGGCUUCUCCAGUGGCCCUGCUCCUUCGGGCCCCGUCCCUUCUGGCUUCCCUCCGAUCCCCAGGGUUUAA